GCUCAGUAUUAUCAAGUCUGCUACCUAUGGUAUCAUUUCUUUGUUAGUGUGUCUGUGUUCUUUCUGUUUCCUUUUCUUCUUCUCUACUUGUUUGUUGUUACUUUAAAAGCCUGAAACAGCACCCAAUCUGUGUCUCACUCUUUUGAAUAACUGUCUUCCAGUAGUGUUCACUGUAUAUUGAUUAAAAUAUAAUAAUGCAUAGCUACUAAGUCCCACAUUAUAAAGUGGACAAGAAAAAAACACUUUUUAUCUGCUAUAUAGAGAGAAGACAAUAAAUAAUAGAAAAAAAGCAGUAUCAAUAUAAAUAUGUAGAGUAUCUCACAAUUGAGAAAUAACGCAAAUUGAAAUGAACAGAAGUAAUCGUUUUCAUUGGUGGCCUGAAUCAUAAAGUAAAACUUGAGACAAAUUAGUAGAAAUUAGUACGUGUAGAUCAUUUUUGCUGUAGGAAACUAGAAUUCUGGUCUGGAGUAGAUGCAUAAUUUUAUGACCGAGAGGUUUCAAAACCGCUCUCCUUUAAAAAUGCUAAAUAUAAACAAGACAAAUAAGUCAACACUGCAGGCCAAACAGCAAGCCCGGAGUUGAAUUUGGGAGCGGAAGCAGGUCAGGAGGAGGAGGAACCUGAGGGUACAUGAAUGCCAAGCUUUGUAAACCCAAGUCCAAAAGUUAAUAGGAGUUUGCCCAGUUCCCCUUUCUCCCCCACACAGUUUACUAAGGCACCUUGCCAGUUCAGAUAUGCUGCAUAGACACACACUUACAUCAGCUGUCCGUGUGUGUGUGUGUGUGUGUGUACACAGGAGGAUUUAGACUUGAAUUUUUUAAGUAUGUGUGAGUUUGGAGCUCGUACAGCUUCUUGCACCCAUAAUUCUUGACAUUUCUCUCUCACUCCUUGUCACACACAGACUUGCGUACAUUCAUAAAUGUUUUCACACAGACAUUCAGAACUCAUAAGACUGCCUGUAUGUCACUAAAUACCCAGAGGAAAAAAGUUGUGGUAUAUGUAUUGCGUUAGUUCUUUGGCAUUUCGGCUUCCAACACUAAGAACUCUAUGUGUAGAUCACUGACGUACAGCCGUUCCUUCACCCUCUCAGCCAGCCACACAUAUAAAUAUAAGCACCUUCAUUUUCCACUCUGCUCUCUCAUGCCAUUCUGCUCUGCUUUUCAAACAAGACCCGCUUCAAGGCUGCGGGUUUAUUUUAGUUAGCUCUUGAUGUUUUUUUCCCUUUGGAUAUAUUUGUUCUGUGGACCUGACCUUAAUUUAGCACCUUGUCACGUGCCAGCAGUGGUCACGAUGCCUAGAAAGUGCACUGUGUGAAUUUAAUCUCAUUUUUGAGCGCUGGUUUUGGUUGGGAUUUAGCUGGGUGUAGCACACAGUGGCACUCCCCUGGAGGAUCAUCAGCUUGUGAGCUCUCUCGCUCCAUUAUUGUUAUUUUUACACGAAAAUUACUCUUUUCCACUCUUCCUGUUUAUAACCUUCACCUCCUUUUCAUGUUGUAUGAACUCGAUAUGUAUACAAGUUUGUGUGGCAGCUUUGUAAUUUCUGUGGAAAUACGAUGUGUAAAGUAAAACAAAUCAUGUUUAACAUCCCCGUGUGUGUCACACAGAGAGGUAUUUCUUCUUUCCUUUUCCCAUCAGCACUUCCAGCGGCAAGGUGUAUGUGGCCCAGGUGAAGGAAAGGGCUACUGCCAGGAAAAUGUACGACACAGCUAAGAAGCAAGGAAAAACAGCAGGACUUGUCGCUACCAAAGAGAGGGAAAUUGAGAAGUUUCGUGUUGCAGUGAGUGUGCCAUCAGGGGCUAGGGUGUCCUUCUUCCUGACGUACGAGGAGCUGUUACAGCGUCGGCUCGGCCGCUAUGAGCUCACUCUGGGUCUGAGGCCCGGUCAGCUUGUCCAGAACCUCACAUUACAUGUCUGCAUAAGAGAGAGGACAGGCAUCAGUUUUCUUAAGGUCCUUCCUCUUAGGACAAGCCAAGCGGUCACCAACACCCCAGCUCAAGCUAAUACCGAUGCCCCUGCCUCUACUCAUGUCGAGCAGAGUCCCGAGUGUGCUCGGGUCCGCUACACUCCGACUCUAAAUCAACAGAAGAGCAUUUCUUCCAAUGGUCUUAAUGCUGAUUUCAUCAUCCAGUAUGAUGUGGAUCUAAAAGACCUCAUAGGUGAUGUUCAGGUGUAUGAUGGCUACUUUGUGCAUUACUUUGCACCUAGGGGACUUCCUGUGGUUCCUAAGGAUGUUAUAUUUGUCAUUGAUGUCAGCAGCUCAAUGAUAGGCAAUAAGAUAAAGCAGACAAAGCAAGCUAUGAGCACCAUCCUUGGGGACCUUAGAGAGGGAGACCACUUCAACAUCAUCACCUUCUCGGACAAGGUUCACACUUGGAAAAAAGGCAAAACGGUGCGGGCAACUCGGCAGAAUGUAUGGGAAGCCAAAGAGUUUGUGAAGAGGAUUAUAGCAGAAGGAUGGACCAAUAUUAAUGCAGCUCUGCUCUCAGCUGCCCAGCUUGUCAAUCCUCCAUCCUCUGGCCCUUCCAGACGCACCUCAUCUCAUCGUGUUCCUCUGGUGAUUUUCCUCACUGAUGGGGAAGCAACCAUUGGAGUCACAUCCAGUGAGACUAUCCUCAGUAAUGCCAAGAAGGCUUUGGGCUCGGCCUCUCUGUUUGGCCUUGCCUUUGGAGAUGAUGCAGACUUCCUGCUUCUCAAACGCCUGGCUCUGGAAAACCGAGGUGUAGCCCGGAUGGUGUAUGAAGAUGCAGAUGCAGCCUUGCAGCUUAAGGACUUCUAUGAUGAAGUAGCUAGCCCUUUGUUAUCAGACAUACAGCUGUCUUAUCUGGAUGAUCAAGCAUUUGAUGUCACCCGCUCCCUUUUUCCAAACUACUUCCAAGGAUCUGAGUUGGUUGUGACUGGGAGAGUUAAGACCGGGGUCAAAGAUUUAAAGGUGCUAGUCUCAGCUAUAGAUUCAAAGCAGCAAAUGAAGCUGGAGAACGACGUGUUUAUUUCCCAAGAAAAUGGGACAACAGAUUCACUUGAGUGUUCGGGAGAUUUAGAAGGGAUAUCCAGCUUUGUUCAUCGCCUCUGGGCAUAUUUCACUAUCAAAGAGCUUCUACUGGCUAAACUGAAUUCUACUGAUCCUGCAACUCAAAAGUUGCUAACAGAUAAAGCAACCAACCUCUCCCUCAAAUAUAACUUUGUUACACCAGUCACUUCUUUAGUUGUAGUUAAGCCAGAUGAAGAUGAAGCAACUCAAAGUCCAACCACUCCAGAACCCACCACAGCUGCCACGAUAACCACAACAGCAACAACUACAGCUACAACCAAAAUGUCAGCUGCUGGUGUAGCAAAGAAGUCCAGCUCACCACCUAACCUUAAGCAUAAGAAGUUAAAUCCAGGCCUGCCUAAGUCACCUCCAAAUACCCUAAAACCCCCCAAAACAUCAGUGGUUACAUCAUCCAAAAAAGCAGCUACAACCUCAAGUCCGAGCUCUAUGAAAACAGCCCCUGCACCAUUCUCUGCUAAAAAGCUCACUCCUUCCCAUAAUGGCCUGAAAACGUCUCCUCCUCCUCCAGCUGGAAAGAUACCCACUUCUCUGCUAAAGAUUUUAAAAACAGCACCACCUCCUGCACCUGGAAAGGUCUCCACUCCCCUGCCCAAUGCCAAGAAACCAAAUACUCCCACAACCACCCCUAUGCUGACAUUCACCAGCAGUCUCUCACCACCACUAAGUUCAGUCAGAACUAACCCUGCCCCCCUACCCAGUACAGCACGGGCAGCUCUCCCUCCUGUCAAAGUGACUCUAAGAGCAGAGAACAGCACAUCGUCUGCUCCAUAUGCUCACCUGCCCGAAAGCACUCCUUCCCUCACUCACUUGUCAUCUACACUAACCUCUCCCACUCCAGCUCCAGCUCCAGCAGUGGAAAACAACAACACAAAAUCAAAUGUUGACACAGACCUGAGGAUUGCCACCCUAGUGUCAGCUACCUUUGCUCCCAUGCCUGGCGUAACAGAUGGGGAACAACUGUGGGAGGCAGCACAGCUUCUGGAUGUCUCUUCUUCCAUUCAAAUUCAAAGACGAGAUAUUGACCUGGUGAAAGACUAUGAUGCAACCUAUGAAUAUGAUUACGAUGACGAUCAAGAUAACUGGUAUAUUACUGACACUUUUGUGCUUGGGAGUGAGGAGGAUUGUCCUUUAGCUGAAUGUCUUGUGUUUUUAGAGCCUCAACCCAAAAUGGGAGCCAUCAGGGGAUUCUCCUCAUCAGUUGAUGGAGAUCCUCAUUUUGUGGUCCAGCUAGCAAAGCUUCACCAAAACCUGUGUUUCACAGUAGAUGGCAGGGCUAAUGAUGUCCUCAGACUGCUGGAAGACCCAGAGAGAAAUAUCAUUGUAGAUGGCCACCUAAUGGGGGCUCCCUCCAAAGAUGGUGUUGAAGACCGUUUGCGAAACUACUUUGACCAGCUCACAAUCUCCGCGGUCACGGGCAACUCUGGUGACAUCAUGAUCACACUCACGCUGGACGCUGUAGUUUUGGAAGGUGAAGGGCGGGAUACGCUUCCCAUCAAUCAGCAGGGAUCAGUGACGAGGCAAGGCGUGACUGUUACUGUGGACAACCACCAGAGCUGCUGGAUCGAGCUGGCAGAGGGCGUGCAGUUCCUGGUCCUGUUCCAUCAUUAUAAACAUCCAAGCUACCUGCAGUUGGCUCACCUGGGUUUUUACAUCACAGAUGGGCGAGGGCUUUCUGGCUCCACCCAAGGCCUUCUGGGCCAGUUUCAACGCGCUGACAUUAAUAUAACAGUGGUGAAAGACUACGUGGAUGAAGGUCUUCAUCAAGUUAAGAAGGAACAAAUUCUGGCCAGAGGGAUCCUGAGGUGGGGAUCAGAGCAAAUGCCAGUUACCCUGCAAGACAAGACGCUGAAGGACUCGGUGCAAAAACGCCACCGAAGCAGCUGCUGGGUGGUGCCCAAGACAGAGAUAGAGAGACUACUGGGUCAUUCGUAUGAGAGCUACGUGGUGAAUCAUGUGUAAUUCUAGCCGAGUCAUUUCCACCAUGUUGUCUGUUUGCUGCACAGCUCAAGUCACAGCAGGUAAUGUGGAUAGGUUAUCACAAAAGGAUGAACCAAAGCUGGGAUCCAACUGGGUUAGUUGCCUGAAUGGUAUUCUGGAAGGGUGGGACAGAUUACAGACUGCAAAGAAAAGUUUCCUGUAAAGAAGUAAAUACAGCAAAGGAUUGAAUGGUGCCCCUGUUCCAUCUCCACCACUGAAUUUGAACCAGAUUCAAGCUUCGUAUCUAUGACAGAGACGCAAUGUACUCCUGGUCGCAUGGCAACUACAAAAUAUCCAAUGGUUGCUGCAGCAGUUUGCGCAUGCUCCAAAAUGUCUUGCAAAACAACCCUGUUUACAAGUUGUUUAUCACAUUAUUCUUAUAUUUUAUGAUUGAAUUUUUGAUAGUCAAAAGCUAUCUUUCAGAAUUACUUGUAAUCAUAGUGUAAUUCAAUAAGU